GGCCCAGUGUCUCAACUAAGUGAUUAGAAUUACUGGGGGUACCUUAAUAUUCAGGGUCCCUUGGUGAUUAUACCCCUCUUUGUAAUGCCCCCCAGAAUAAGCCUUAUGCCUUCCCAUACUCAUUAUGAACCUUUAGUAAAUGAAUAUCAACAUUAUUGACCCCCACAUUGGUGACGGAACAAUUAUUCUUUGCAUUUCAGAUGUGGCCCAGAAACGCGGCCCUGUAAUCGGAACACUGCUGAGCGCUAAAGGAGAGAAUAAACCGGAGACAGAGAAAAAUCUCAUUGACUGGAGAAAACACGAGAAAACAAUUAAACGACCACUACCCGAAACAGAACCAGAAACCAGAACCAACACUGAUGGCGACACUUCUGACAAGACAUGGAUAUACAUUGUGUUUGUGGUUCUAAUGGUUAUAGUUUUACUGGUUGAAGGCAUUGGAUGGUAUUUAUAUUACAAGCUGAGGAAGGAGACCUCACCCGACAGCGAAUGCCUGAUAGUUACUGGGAAAGCCAAAGAGCAAGAAACAAAAGCAGUUGUGGUCAAACAGAAGAAGCUGAAAAAGAAAGCGCCGAAAAUUGCAAAACCUGAAGAGACGGACGAGGAGGAGGAAAUUGUUCCACCCCCUCGGAAAAGGCCUCUCAAGAAGAAACUGAAGAAGAAACUGCCUUCCCCGAAACCUUCUUCUGCAGCUCUGGGACAGCAGUCAACUGACAUUGCUGAGACAGAGGAGACUGAGCUGCUAGAAGAAGAAGAAACAGCAGAGGAAGAGCAGCAAAUGCCGAUUAAGGUUAAACCAAAGAAAGUGAUUAAGAAGAAGAUCACUAAGAAAGUUGAAUCUGAAGAGGAAGAAGAGGAGGAGGAGGAAGAACCAGAACCUCCAAAGAAACCCUCUAAAAAGAAACUUCCUUUGAAAAAACCUUCCUCUAAACAGAAGCCGUCCAAAUCUGCUCCGGCAGAGGAGGAGGCUGAGUCUGAAUCUGAGGAAGAAGAGACAGAGGAAGAGGAGCAAAUGCCAAUUAAGGUUAAACCAAAGAAAGUGAUUAAGAAGAAGAUCACUAAGAAAGUUGAAUCUGAAGAGGAAGAAGAGGAAGAAGAGGAGGAAGAACCAGAACCUCCAAAGAAACCCUCUAAAAAGAAACUUCCUUUGAAAAAACCUUCCUCUAAACAGAAGCCGUCCAAAUCUGCUCCGGCAGAGGAGGAGGCUGAGUCUGAGGAAGAAGAGACAGAGGAAGAGGAGCAAAUGCCAACUAAGUGAGUUUUGGGCUUGAACUGUGUUUUUUU